AUGGAGAUUGACUUAUCGACCGAACCGACCACUGUAUACGAGAUAUCACUGAAAAUGUCUGUCGAGGAGUACCUGUGCCUCACGGGAGUCAUGACCUACAAAUUCAUUGAGGGACAGGUGCUUGCUGUCAUAAUACUGACCACCAUUAUAGCCCUGACCUAUCAUACAAGUGCCAGUCCACCGGUUGAUCCAGAAAAAGCACCGGUAUCUACUACAGGUCCACAUGACUGUCUACUUGAUAGUGGCUCCGAUGUGGUUGAUGCCCGUCCAAUACCAGCACCUGUAGCCAGUACUUCAUCUAAUCAUACUCAGCAUACCGUUCCUCUAAUUGGCUCAUCAGGUCACAGCACAGUUACAGCAUCGGUAUCUACUUACACAGACACAGAAUCCCUAAGCGAUACCAUCAGUCAACUGGAACUCCAUGCUCUUAUACUGAGGGAAAGGCUGUCGCAAAUGGAACGGGAGUUGAGGGAUACCCUCAAAGCCUACGGCCAUAAGUCGCGACACUAUAAGGAAUUGGAUGUAAAAUACGAAAGAAUUUUGAAAGACUUAAUGUCAGCGGAAAUGCAACUGUCAAUGGCUCACAAGAAUGAGGACUACCUUAUGAAUGACAUACAGGCGCUCCGACUACUGGUGGAUAUGCUCCGGGUCGAGAACCUGGAGCUCAGGGCACCGGACGAUGAAAGACUGGGAGGUAUGGCAGCCAUAGGUCCAGAAUCACCGGAAUAUGACACCAGAAUCCAAGCCCUGGAGUCACAGAAUAGAUGGCUUCGGGAUCAGCUCCGGGAUCGGGAACAGGUUAUCACAAAAUUACAGGCGCAGCUCCAGGAGCUCAUGUCUCACGAAUCGGACACUGAAUUGAAUAGUCUGUCCCUUGAGUGUGAAAUAUCUACCGGUGCCAAUGAUCCCAGCCCUCGACUCGAUUCACUCAUACUAGAGGCCUAUGGGACGACUACCGGUCGGGAUAUACCGCCAUCACCUGUGCCUACUAUAGUUGAAUCUGCUAAUGAGGGGACCGGUAGCCCUGUUACGGAUGAUGACAACGGCUUCAUUGAUAGUGAUAUAUAUUAUGAUGGCUUUGAUUUGCUUUAUGGCUUAUGACUUAAAAUUAUUAUACAG